AUGUCUUUUUCUGAAACCACGGAACGGAUGGAAGCGGUAAAGAGAAAACCACUAGAAUCAUACUCCACAACAUUUAUCCUCAACAUUCCCAUAUUCAUUGUGAUAAUUAUUUUAGGAAUAAUAGGUAACAUCAACUUACUUUUGAUAAGCAGACGAGGUCGAAAGAUAGUACAAAUACCAUAUCUCAUUCUUAAAUGGAUGGCAAUAUCUAAUAUUCUUCUGUGCAUCACUUACACUCUCAACCCUAUUUCUCAUUACAUACUAAACAUGAGAAGGGAUGAAAUGGUGUGUCAGUAUUACUGGAACAUUUAUGUGGGUAAGGUCAAUAUAGUCUUCAAUUCGACUUUUAAAAAGACCAGCUUUUUGCUAACAUUGCUUCUAGCCAUAGACAGAUAUUUAGCCCUCUGCAGACCUUUUAUGUAUAGGACAGAACUAAACGUUAAGAAGAUUAAACUUAGCAUUUUCUUGUGUUAUUUGAUAUCUAUAAUCCUGAGUUUUCCGGUGUACAUUAGAAAUGUAGUUGUCGAAGUAUCUACCGUCAAUAGUUCGACGUGCCUUCUAAUUGAGGACACCGAUUAUGCGUGUUGCAGCACAAGAUUUACCUUCAAGCGUAAUCCGGCCAUAGACGAGUACAUUUCCUUCAAAUACUAUGAAAUAAUUAAAGAACUCACGCUAUUAGCUCUCCCAAUGAUAACCAUUCUUUACAUGAACUUCCAAAUAGUCAUGGUGUAUAAAGCUAAAAAUAAGAUAAAAGAUACUAUGAUGAGACAAAAUGCUAAAAGCACUACCCACAAUAACCCUCCUAUGAACGAGAUAGCUGGCCGACGUAGGAACAACUCAAAGAGUUCUGAUAAACAAUUGACUCUAACAAUGAUAGUUACAUCACUUUUGAUGAUUAUAACACUGCUUCCCAUGUCCUUUAAAAGAAUUCUCAUCAUAGUGCGAUUCGAUGACUCCAUCGGAAUAUCUUUUGUCGUGGCUAAUUUGAUAGAAUCCCUAAAUUUUUGUCUCAAUUUUUAUAUUUUUUUGCUUCUAAAUCAUGAUAUUAGAGAAUUAUGCAAGAAACUCUAUUUACCCAUUUUCGAAAAAAUUGGAAUCAGGAACUUUCAUAUUCUUGAUAAACAUUGA